UGGCCAGACGAAGCGCUGGCUCAAAUCGGAUUGGACGUUGGAGAUCUUCCAGGAGCGUGUGUGUGUGUGUGUGUGUGUGGGAGUGUUUACGCAAGUGCAUGCGAGUGUCAAACAUUUAUUUUUCACCGGCCAAAUUAUCUCCAGUGGUGGGUGAGAGCCACAUCAUGGAAGUAUGCCAGAGUCAAAGUAAACACAACUGUGUGCAGUGACACCUUUCUCAAAGCAAUUAUGUAAACAGAAAUCCGGGAUUUUUACCUCAAGACUGAAGACAUUCUCACAGUGACAGAUGGACCAUUAGGCUACUAAAGCACCCAAACUGUUCUGUGAUCUGACCGGAGACACGGAGCCCAUCUAACCCGGAGUAGGAUGUUACUAGCAUCCGCCGUGGUGGUAUGGGAAUGGCUGAACGAGCACGGACGCUGGCGGCCCUACAGCCCGGCUGUCUGUCAUCACAUCGAGGCAGUCAUCCGGAGCGACCCGCGGUGUGGUAGUGUCGUCCUCGGCCAGGUGGACUCUCGCCUCUCGCCCUACAUCAUCGACUUGCAUUCCAUGCACCAGUUCCGACAAGACACAGGUACCCUUCGACCGGUACGACGUAGCUUCUACGACCCCACCUCAGCGCCGGGCCAGGGCUGGUUGUGGGAGUGGGAGAACGACGCUGGCAGUUGGACGGCGUAUGACACGGCGGUGGGCAUCGCCAUCCAGGCAGCGCGCGAUCGCCAGCAGCCCUGGCUGGACCUGGCGCCGCUGGGUUUCUGCUACCUCAUUGACUUCGAGAGCAUGACCCAAAUCAACGGGCAGACGCAGCGCUGCCGGCGCAUCCAGCGCCGCUCCGACCUGGCCUACCCGCUGGUGUCCGGGCCCCUGCCCAAAUCCCAACACGCCUGGGGGCCCAUGUCCAUGCCCAGCCACGGAGGACUGCUCGGCGUGGACGUAUCCGGAGUGGGCAUGGGGAUACGGAUGAGCAGCGGCGGGACUGGAAACGGGAGCGCGUACCCCAGCGGGGCGCUCCCGGCCUCAGCCAUCACGUCCCUGGGACAGCCGUGCGCUUGUCAGCAGUGCAUGUUGGUGCUGAGCGUCAAAGCGGGCGCCAUGUCCGCUCACACUCUGGGUCGGAGACCGCCACAGACCAAACCACCUAGUCCCAAAAUCAGUAGUUACCCCGUCCCAGGAGGGUCGUACUCACUAACCCUCCCUCGACCUCCUUCCCUGUCUCGGUCUUACUCCCCCCACAGGACGUCCAUAGUCGGGGCGACAGGUGGCUUCAGUGUGGGUGGUAUGGGUGGUGCAGGAGGUGUAGGUUUCAUGGGCGGCGGUGGUUUUGGCGGCGCCAGCCUCGGUUACGGAGGAGGCUUCCCCCACUCUCUUUCCCUCCUCAGCUCGGCCACCGGCGCCCUCUCCAUCUCCUCCACCCGACCCCCUCCUCCAGCUCUCCCCCCUCCUCCACCGCCUCCCGCUCCGUCCUCCACCGCCCUCUCGUCUGCGGUCACCUCUCCCCCUCACCCCUCCACCUCGUCCUCCCUCUCCGCCCCCUGUUCCGCCCCUGCAGCGCCCGCUCCGGGCCUGCCUCUCAUCUCCACGACUGCCUCCACCUGCACGCCGUCGCCUUCGGCCCGCGUCCUGGGUCCAGUGUCUUUGUCCGGUGCCGCUGCCUGCGCAGCCCCUCUGCCGCCCCGGUCCAGCCUAGCGGGGCUGAGCCGACCUGCGCUGCAGCGUAUAGCCAUGGCUCAGUCGCGUGCCCUCAUUGCCUCUGGAGUACCAACUGUUCCAGUGAAGAACCUGAAUGGAUCAAGUCCUGUACACCCUGCGCUAGCAGGCAUUACAGGCAUCCUGAUGAGCGCGGCAGGACUUCCCGUCUGCCUGACCCGCCCUCCCAAGCUGGUGCUCCAUCCUCCACCCGUUAGCAAGAGUGACAUCAAGCCCAUCCCCGGUCUGGGCCACUGCUGUCGCAAAACCACGAAGAAACAGGCUCGUAAAGGGAAGACCCCUGAGGAGGUGGUGAAGAGGUACCUUCAGAAAGUCCGCAAUCCCCCAGAGGAGGACUGCACCAUCUGCAUGGAGGCCCUGGCUGGGCCAUCGGGCUACAAAGGCCCCGGUGUGGGCGGCAUCUCCCGGGCCGAGUCGGUGGGCCGCCUCGCACAGUGCGGCCACCAGUACCACCUCCAAUGCCUCGUCGCAAUGUACAACAACGGCAACAAGGACGGCAGCCUGCAGUGUCCCACCUGCAAGACCAUCUACGGAGUCAAGACUGGCAACCAGCCCCCGGGCAAGAUGGAGUACCACGUCAUCCCCCACUCGCUACCGGGCCACCCGGACUGCAAAACCGUCCGUAUCAUUUAUAACAUCCCUCCUGGCAUCCAGGGCCCAGAGCACCCGAAUCCAGGCAAACCCUUCACUGCCCGCGGGUUCCCCAGACACUGCUACCUCCCUGACAGCGAGAAGGGACGCAAGGUUCUGAGGCUUCUUCUGGUAGCAUGGGACCGCCGGCUCAUUUUUUCUGUGGGUACAUCCAGCACCACGGGCGAGUCGGAUACAGUCAUCUGGAAUGAGGUGCACCACAAGACGGAGUUCGGCUCCAACCUGACGGGCCACGGCUACCCUGACCCCGGCCACUUGGACAACGUCCUGGAGGAGCUCAAGGCUCAGGGGAUCACCGAGGAGGAGUGCCUGCCCAGAGACUGAACGGACACAAUCAAAACGCUGCAGACGCGGAAUAAACACACGCGAUCCUGGAACGGGAUCCGCAGCCGGACAGACGAAUUAUUAAGUCUGCUAAAAAAAAAAAAAAAAAAAAUGAACAAAGGGAACUUUGACCAACAGAGGUGGACAGCAACUUCAAAAAAAGAAACUCUUUACGGGAGCGUUAGAGAAAGUGUUUCAGCAGAAUUUGCUGGGAAUAAGAUGUCUCUCAUGACUGCAUGAGUCAGUUUCGAUACAUGGGAAAACUUUUUUUUUUUUUCUCCCAAUGCAGUAACGGUGUCAAGAUCGAAGAUGUUAUUCAGUGAGACAUUUGAGACCACUGUGCACAUACAAGUCAGUGUUAGAUAAAAAAAAAAAAACAACAACUGUCAUUUAUACUGUGAGACUUCAUUUCAAGAAUGUAACUAAGUGAAUUUUGCUGAAUUGAUAAAGUGUUUAGCGCUGCUGUUGCUGCUGCUAUGUGGAGCUGACAGGAGCUUAAACUGAAAAGGAGUGAAGGUCUGUAAGUUGUUUCAAGUGUUAAGUCCACAAGCAGAAGAAACUUGUCAUUGCAGAUAAAUAUUUCAAAUGUAUAACUGGAUAUCUGAGCAUGAAUAUUUGCUGACCUCUAGUGGUACUUUUCCAGAACUACAUUCCUGUUUAGGUUUGAUUUAUAUUUUAUUGUAUUGUUGUAUAUUAUGACUACUUGAUAUAUGAUAUUGUUUCCAUUCUAUCAUGUUUUUUUAUAUUUUGAUUAGACAUUUUGUUUUAUAUGGUGUGUUUUCUUUGCAUUGUUUUCAGGUGUGGGGUGAAGUUAAGAUGAGCUGCUGGUGUACCAGAGUUUGCCUGACACUUUAUAUGCCAUAUACCAGCCCCCCUUUCUUCAACAAAAAUCUUCUUUUUUUUUUCGGUAUUUUGUAUUAGAUUAGCUCACAAACUGACAUUCCUUAAUUGUUCUGCCCUCAGAGCAUGGGUGCAUUUAAUAGCUUUCUAUGUCUUCUUGUAUCUGCGUUAAUGUUAAGAACUGAUAGAGGAA